AUGGAACUCAACCUCCCCCACCGCACUCUUACGAAACCCCCAAGUACAAUACUUGACCUGAGUAACGAGCUCAUAAUUUUGGUCUUCGAGCAAGUACUGCUCUGGGAUCUUGAUCUUGACAGUGAUCCUCUAAACGCCUGGCUAUCAGCCCCGGAUAAAGUCCUCCCAGUUCUUCGACUUGUGUGCAAGCGUUUCAACCGUCUAGCUACCCCCAUCAGAUAUAGGCACCUGACGAUACAGACGCACCACCAGAUACGAGGGAGAAGGCCGCAAUCCAGGAGAGUCAGGAAAGCUGUUGCCGAGGCCAUCAAAUGCUUCACAGAGCAUGCUACCGUAGUUGACAAGAUUAAUUGGCAUCAUGUCGUCCGGAAUCAUGCUUCAUUGCCACGAUUGAAAACUAUCAGUUGGAGAUUUCAUGCGCAUGAUGCGGGAUGGCUAUCGAGGAAUUUUUAUCCAAUUCCUCCUUCAAUAUUGCGACCUGGAGUUAAAAUAUCGAUAGAUGGUACUGGAUACUACCACGAUUUCAUCUCAUUGAUACCCCCUGAACACGUCUUUGCCUUGCAUCUUGGGUAUUGGCAUCCGGCUCCCCCACAUCAAAUGAAUGCAAAUGACGCGUACGACUUGGAAUACAAUCCACGGUUCAAAAACUAUAUCCUGCAAGCCAAGAACCUCGAAUGCCUCGAUUAUGACCUAGCGAAGGUACCGGAGUAUUACGGAGGAGCUGCACCAGACUUUCCCGCGUUUCUGCCCGACGAGAGAAUGCCCCGUUUCAAGAGACUUGUCCUGACUGGGUAUCGAUGGCUUUAUACCAGGGAAGAGGUCAAGUCAAGCUGGGACUUCUCUAAACUGGAGGAUUUAGACAUCACAGGUUUGAACAAUAAUGCGUUUUUCAGAACUGUCGAUGCGAAAUGGUUUUCAAGUCUUUGCACAUUGAAGUUGGGAACGUUCCUCUGCUGGUCUCCUGGUCAGCAUGGUCGGUUGAAAAAACAAAUACUUCUCCACACAUUCCUCCGAAAUAUGCCGCAGCUGGAGCAUUUAAGUAUGAAUACCUACACUGAAGAUUUUCCUUUGGAUGUCCUGAUGGCAAUGGAGAAUCUGAGAAGCCUUGAGUUUACGGAGGACAUUACCCUGGGCGGAAAAGCUUUAUCUCCCCGACUGAAUAUGCAAGAUUUGGAAGAAUUGCUUCAGUAUCUACCUCACUUGAAACGUUUGCACAUUGAUUUCGAAACUUGGUCAGGAGAUUUCAAACGCAUUUUGUUCGAUAUGAUUUCACAGUUUCCGGCUUUGAGGUAUAUCGAUAUCAAUAAUCAUGGCUAUAAUACAGACCCGUCAGAUGACCUUGAUAGUCUCGUGGGCCUGGAAUCGGAGCCAUCCGCUAAGCUGAUCUCUCUUCACUACGGCCAAUAUGUAGAUUCAUUGGUGGAUCCGUGGUACUAUUGUGGCAAUACGCGAUGGGAGAGAUACACGUCGACGCGAUGGAUUAUCCCCGGCAAUGCUCAGACUGUGCUGUGA